AUGACAGGGCCUCUGAGAGCGCAGAUGCAGACGCCUAGUGGCCCUAAUCUUCCGAAUGCGAGGUCUCCUGAAGACGAUAUCAGUCCUCUUACCUUCUAUGAAUCCCUUCAACGUGAUCAAAAGAAAGAUCCAUCAUACCGGUGCCCUGAGCCCAGUAAAUCGCAAGCAUUUGACAUGGCCCAGCCGUAUGUCGAAGCCGAAUCGAAAACCAGUGCCCCAUUAUUCACUGCACCCCGCCCGUUUAUUGCACUAGUUCCUACUCCUGGUCAUUUUUUUGUACCUCUGAAUCUCGUGGUAUUAUUUGUUUGGACUCUACCCAUUGCAACCCUCAUCUGCUAUCAUCAAAAGAGUUUCCCCCAUACCAUUGAGCCCUCAGGAUUAGUUUAUGGGCUGUUUUCGUUCCUUACGCGAAAUAGCUUCAUAUGGCAAUUUGCAACCAAUGCUAUACCUCCGGAGUCUCCAACCUCCAUAUGGACACGCCAGGGGAAGGCCUUGGUCGAAGAGAGAGAGAAGCGACUUAAACAUUUAAAAUCAAUCCAACAAGCCUUGGCCCAGGACGAGCAUAGAGCUCUUCAAGACUUGAAAGAUGUGUUACUGAAAAAUGAGGAAGACGAGGUUCGCAACAUACCCACUAUUUCCCAGGGAUGA